AUGAGCUCUACUACCAACACCGCGUUCCGCCAGCGCCACCACAACCAAGCCGCCGCCGCCGCCGCCAUGUCCACAUCGUCGACCACUCCUUCUUCUUCUUCUCUUCCCACCUCGCGCCGGCGGUCGUCCCCUUCUGUCGAGGAUCCUGCGCUAAUAGACCCGCGGUCCGCCGCCGACAGCGGGCCGGCGGCGCCCGGGCUGCUGCGCCGCUCCGACACGUUUGGGCAGCUUACCGCCAUCUUGAGCGACGAAUACAUUGGCGAGAGCAAACCGCUGCUGCUCGCGGUUCCGACGGCCAUUGCGCUGUCGCUGCUCAUACCGCGCCUGCCCCCGGCCGUCGUCUUUCUCCUCAACGGUGCGGCCCUGGUGCCCUUGGCCGCGCUCAACAUACUCGCCGUCCUCACCCUGACAAAAAAUGCUCGGGUUUGGGGCGGCCUCUUCCGUGCAGUAGGGGGGAAUUCUACGGAAUUCAUAAUUAGCGCCGUGGCGUUGACCUACGACGAGAGCGCUCUGGUUCAACAAACCAUGAUCGGUAUCAUAGUGAAUUAUGCGCUUUUGGUCCUUGGUGGUAGCUUCCUCCACGCCAGCUACGGCAGAAAAGACGCCGUGUUUAGCAAGACGAGAACCAGCAUCAUGUCCUCGUUGGUCAUGGUGACCUCCUUCUGCCUUGUCAUUCCUACAGUCAUGUCCCUCACAACUAGUGCUGAAGGGAUAGACUCUCCAGAGACCAUCGACCGCGGCAUCCUCAAUCUCUCCCAUAUAACAGCUGCGGCUCUCGUCCUACUCUUUUUUACCUACCUGUCGUUUCGCUUUGUCACUCACGGCCAGUUCUUCCCUGUGAACCCAGGCGCCACCCAGUUCAACCCCGACAGCCGAACGAACACGCAACUUGAAGAUAAGCCACAAACCACCAUUGGGCCUUUUGUGCUGAGUGCCGGCCUGCUUGGCAGCUUGUUCUGUACAGUCAUCUGUGCCAGGUUUGUGCUGCGCAGCUUGGACGGAGCUGCAGAGAGCCUCCACAUGACAAAAACCUUUAUUGCGUUUGUGGUUUUGCCCCUUAUUGUCAACUCUGCCAAGUCUGUAAGCAUUAUUCGCCAUGCCCGACCCGAAGAAAGCAGUGCCACGUACAUGAGCCGCUUAGACUUUGCCAUUCGUUCGGUAAUGACCAAUGUCCUCGAUACUCUGCUUUUCAACAUUCCACUGCUCGUCUUUCUCGGCUGGGGGCUCGACCAGCCAAUGAUGCUUGUAUUUGGUCUCUUCGACGCCGUUGUUUUUGUACUCUCUGUCACCAUUAUGACGUUCCUUAUCCGCUACGGCAAGACUACAUACUUUGAGAGUUGCAUGCUAAUGGGAACGUACCUGUCAAUGGCCAUUGUCUUCUUUGUUCGACCUGAUUUUGCGCAUGGCGCUCGGCCGACACAGCAACUUGGCCUGCAUAGCCUGCAUAGUCCGCAUAGCCCGCCUCAGGCCAGUGUGCUGUGA